AUGUAUGUAUGUUUGGAAUGCUCGGAACCGGUACUCCUGUCGUCCGCCGCGGAUCACGCGUGCUUUCGGGAUUGCAAGUCCGUUUUCAUCGAUGUAGACAACUGUGUCUGGCCGAUUCGAGCACAUGAAGAAGGUGGAAUAAGAGAUAACCGAAAUCAAUCGGUGAUUCAGGGAGAUCAAUUGGCAAUUAUGCUGUCGCAUGAUUAUUUGAAAAUAGUUUGCGAGUACAUUGAGCGUAACAAGGCAAUAAUAACGAAUGAGGUGAAUGGCGAAAUAGAACAGCGACGUCGCGAAAAUAUGUGGCAUCAGCUUACGGAGCGCCUGGAACUGCUGAAGGAUGAAAGCAAGAUACCCGAUGUAGGAUAUAAAGUGUUGAUCGAAGAAUGGUCCAGGAGGACCGUUGAAAAGUUUUCCAUUUUCAAGCGCAAGGGUUGUGGCGUAAAAUUUCGAGGCUAUAUAUACAAAAUGUUUUAUCGCAUCGAAUGGAAAACUACGGAUGGAAGGAUCGCGACGAAAACCGUUGGAGCGCGUGAAUUGUUUUUGCGUGAUGCCAAAGCCGAAAACGGAUUGCCGCAAUGUACUGACGAUUUUUUGAAGAAAUAUCUAAGAGAUCCAAAGGCCCUCGUAUCGUUGCGUAUUCUGGAUGAAGCUGGCAAUAAAGAAAACUACAGACAAAUCCGUGUUAUCACCUAUGGAGAAACUGAACAGGAAUUGAAAUCGGUCGGUCUUGAUGACCUUGGUCGGGGGAAACGAUUGAUGUUUAAGAAAACCCAUAUGGAUACACCGGAAACACUGCAAGCGAGGGCAAUAAAUGUGAAAGGACCUUGCGUAAAAAUCAUGAGAAGCAAUGACAACGAGUCGAAUAAGCAGCGAUUGAAAGAUAAGAGGAUGUUGAAAAAAAUUAAAAAGGCAGUGAGCAUUGCAUCCAUGGAAAAGUUAAAACUUCAUGGGAUGGAGUUUCUAUCGAUUCCAGAUGACGAGAGAAUAAAAGAAAUUGAAGAAAAUGAGGCACACGACGAAAAUGUCCAUGAUAUGUCGCAAGAUAAAUGCACAUUAGAAAAAAAUAAAGAAUUGGUCCUAAUAAGUGAAACCAACGAAGAAGAAAUCGAUGUCGAGACGAUGCUUGGCGAAAUAAUAAGUGCUGCAACGAACACUAAGGCGAAUGACGCAAACGAAGAAAAAAGAACUGAGGAGCUGCAUGAGACUCCGUUUCGAAAAAAUGUCAAUGUGCCCAGAAGUUCGAAGUGGCGGGAUACUGCUUCAAAUAGUAGUCCUGGUGAAGAAGCGUUUUUGAAAAAAACAUUGCAAAAUGGACCGUCCUCGUUCGGGGAAGAGAGAAAUGAUGGAAUAACUGAAGGAUCUCAACGAAAGUCAUCUCGGUCGCCGGGUAAUAAGUUGGAAGCUAUAUUUGGCAAAAAUUCGAGUUUUGCUGGUGAUAAAAACAACAAUGAUAGACGUUAUAAAACGUGGAGCGAAAUUGAAGCCGCCGCAAUGAGCAUCAGUAACCGGGAAAAAAUUGAUACGAACGUAAUACACGACCGAAAGAGAAAGAAAAAUAAUGAUGAAGUGUCUACCAUUAAUAAAAACCAACCAAUGAUACCGAAAAAAGUGUUGAAGAAAAUACAUAAACCCGCCGAUCGGACAAAUGGAGAGGACCCUUUCAAUUUUGAGAAUGACGAGAGUGACAUUUCCCAAAGGCGUAAGAAGCCGAAGGAGCUGUCGGCACCGGUAGAAAAAAAUGCCCAACAAAAAAACGUUAACGGCCGAAAGGUAAAACAGACGGUCAGCAAUCAAAAGAUGUCGAAUGAAAAAAGCCCAAGUGUUUCGUCAAGCAGCGCAACCUGUAAAAAUGAUGAGAGAUCGGCUCCAACCUCGGAUUACUCUCAAGGACAAAAAGAGAGAUUCAAAAAUGCGUAUAACGAAAUGUUGAAGACGGCCGUAAAUCAUAUGAAACAGGUGAAAAAAUUCGGAAAAUUGAUGAAUGAAGAUGAUAUCGAAGAAUCACCCUUCGAAUUGUUGGACAUUCUGUCGGAUGAUGAAACGGAAGACGUGGAAAUUACUCCGGGUUGGCGAAUCCACCGGGACAUAAUCAUACAAGCGGGAUUGGCUCCCACCAUGAGUAAAAGAUUGGCCACACUGAUGUCAGCCCUGUGGAGCAGGGAGGAGAGAGAAAAGCUUAUAAUAAAAAAAACAAGAAACAAAAAGAACGAUGGAAGACGAGAAAUAACAGUGGGAGAAGCGAGACAGUUGAUGAGUGCGUGUAUGGCGCUUCAAUCGAUGAAGAUACUUUCGGUAAAUGAAGUGGACACUAUCGAAAAUAUCAAGAUCUCGAUUUCGAAAAAAUUAAAAAACGAUCGGUACAACAGUUUUCGUUGGAGAAAACGUAACGGUAAAAAGUCAAGCGGCAAGAAUGCAAAAGCACGCGGAAAUAUUGAUAAGCGCGACAAAGAUUACGAUGAGAACGAGGAGAAAUGCGCCGACGACGAUAAUACCAACGAAGAUGAUUACGACGAUCCGGAGGAAUCGGUCGAAGACGUCGACGACGACGACGCUGAUAACGACGAAAAUGAAAACGAUGACGGGGAGGAAUUGAGCGACGACGAUAAUAGCAGUAACGGUGAUAACGAUGACGGCGUAAACUGCGACGAUAGCGACCUCAGCACCAAUAAUUGAUUUCAUUAUUUAUCGUUGUCGUACAAAGUAAAAAAUCAAAAGAAGUGAUGAAAGUUUGCAAUGCGUACAAAAUUGCAACAUUGAAUUUGAGUAAUUCGGAAAUACUGACAGUACGAUGUACUCAUUUUCGAUUUUUUUUAAAUGUAACCCGUUAAAAUGUACGAGCAUUACUCGUCAUGCAUUUAUUAUUCAGCACUGAAGAAUCGUUAAGUGCAAUAUGGGAGAAAAAAUAUAUGGUGAAAUAAGACUUUGAAAUAAAAACCGGUAAAAGCGUUGUGAACGCGGACACGGAACGAAUCUAUAUAGUACGUAAAAAUGUCUUAUGUAUAGUUAGAAACCUUUUAUUAGAUCGAGACAUGACUGUGCAGAGUUCGGAUAUUUUGCAUACAGUUAUCUUUCGACAAAAUUGAUAGAAAUCGUAGUGUUACAUAAAAUCCAACAAAAAUUCGCUAUUCGCACCAACAAUUUAAUUUUAUAUGAAAUGCGAAACGAAAAAAACACACAUAUUGACGAAAAAUAUAAAAAUAAAUAUUCUAUCGCUGUCCCUCCCAGUCCCCGAAGCGAAAAAAGAA